AUGUCUUUAGCCGGGGAAGAUGCUUCGGGAGUUUGUGGAAACGCUAUCCAGGUAUUUCGUCCCACAUGGGAUGAGUUUAAAGAUUUCAACAAUUAUAUACAGUACAUGGAAUCAAAGGGAGCACACAAGGCUGGGCUCGCUAAAGUUAUACCACCACCAGAAUGGGUUCCAAGAAAGAAAGGCUACGAUUUGGACGAGUUAAACAUUACUAUACCGUCUCCCAUCUGUCAAGUGGUCACCGGCAAGCAAGGUUUGUUUCAACAAAUCAAUAUACAGAAGAAAGCAAUGACGGUGAAGCAGUUUUCAGUUAUGGCUAACUCCGCGAAGUACUGCACUCCCCGGCACACUAACUAUGAAGAUUUGGAGAGGAAAUAUUGGAAAAAUGUUACAUAUGUUGCUCCAAUAUAUGGUGCUGACGUCAAUGGAAGCAUAACAGAUCCUGAUGUGAAAGAAUGGAACAUCAAUCGUCUGGGCACAAUCCUCGACUUUGUAAAUUCCGAUUAUGGGAUUGAAAUUGAUGGUGUUAACACUGCAUACCUUUAUUUCGGAAUGUGGAAAACGACUUUCGCUUGGCACACAGAGGAUAUGGAUUUGUACUCAAUUAACUACUUGCAUUUUGGCGAGCCGAAAACCUGGUACGCCAUCCCACCGGAACAUGGCAAGAGGUUCGAGAGAAUAGCCUCUGGGUUCUUCCCGACAUCAGCAAAGACAUGUCAAGCAUUUCUUCGUCACAAAAUGACCUUGAUAUCUCCUCAAAUUCUGAAGCAGUAUUCCGUACCAGUUAAUAAAAUGACACAAAGGGCUGGUGAAAUCAUGAUUACAUUUCCUUAUGGUUACCACGCUGGUUUUAACCAUGGUUUCAAUUGUGCCGAGUCUACAAACUUUGCAGCACCUCGUUGGGUUGAGUAUGGGAAAAGAGCUCUACAAUGCACAUGCAGCAAUGAUAUGGUGAAGAUUUCUAUGGAUACAUUUGUGAAGCGUUUCCAACCUGAUCGCUAUGAACUCUGGCUUAAAGGUAAAGAUAUUGGAUGCCAUCCAGAACAGCCUGAGAAGAUGGUCCCAGCACCACAUCCGUCUGGUCAAGACAUACUUUGUAAUAAGAACAACACUGAACUUCCAGAGUCAUUCAUCGAAGCUGAAGUUGAGGGCCAAAAAAAGAAGAAGCGUCACCCUCUACACUUGAAAAGAGCUAUGGCAAGUAAGAGCAUAUCAGAGGGGGCCAUUGCUGUUUCUAUCCUUGGUCAUGACGUCAUGGAUGAUGAUGAGAUGACUAUGGCAGAGGGCGAUCUAGACAUGAUGACCUCAAUGAAAAGGCCCAUAAUGCCCGAUGAAACUCAACUUGAUGUUCUCGAAGAUAUCUGGCUAAAAGGAGAUGAGAUGGAUCCAUCAGAAGCACAAUUGCCUGAUGUUGGAUAUAUGGAUUCUGAUAAAGAUUCUGAUUAUGGGGCGCCAAAAAUAAAAAAGAUUUCUAAAGCCCGUAAAAAAAGGAAAAUUGGCCCAAAGAAGGAGCCAAAAGAAAAAGUCAAAGAGGGUGAGGAGGAAAAGCUCAAUAAAACCCAACAACCUCCAAAACCACGAAAAAGGAGAACUAGAAAAUCCAAGAAAGUCCCUGAAGAGCAGUUACAAAAUACGGCAGCCGUUGUCUCUAACUCUGAAUCGCCCCUACAUGAUGUUAAUCAGGUUCCUGUCAGUGUUAGUGAACCUAAACCUGAUCCUGACCCACUGUUAAAUAGUACAAUGAACAUUCCUGUUGUAAAAAGUGAAGUAAAUGAAAAAAAGGAACCUAAAAAACGAAAAUCAUCAGUGAAAGAUGGCGAGCAGAAAGAAAGGCCCAAAAAAGAAAAGAUAAAAAGAGAAACAAUAAAGAAAGAGCUGAAGGUCAAUGAGAGUGAAGUAGAACAAAAAGCUGAAAGGAAGCCGAGAAAGCCACGCACUCCAAAAAAGAAAGUAAUUGUUGAAUAUAACAACCCUCCGGAAGCAUUCUUACCUAGUCAAACUGAUUUGUCAGUUUUAAGUACUGAGAUGAAAGAAACCCAGGUGGGCAAAAUGGAAGAUAAGAAAGCUGACAAAAUAAAUGAUCCUCAAACACCACCCAAAACAUAUAAACCAAAAAAGCAGCGAAGAAAGCCACAAAAAUCAAUUUUAUUGCCAACAAAAUCAACUUUAUUGCCACCAAAUUCAAGUUUGUUACCACCAAAAUCAAGUUUAUUACCACCAAAAUCAACCUCAGUAUCACCAAAAUCAAACUCAUUGCCACCGAAAUCUAAUGCAUUACCACCAGAACCAUAUCCGAGUUUGCGCACAGAUCCAAACCCUCGUAUACCAACAGUUGUAACACCCAUCAACAAGAACCCUAGUGCAUUUCAAGGAGAAUUUCAUAAGUUUAUGGUUAAAAAACAAACCCUACCAAAUACACCUCCAGCUCCAGCAGUCUUACCCACAAUUCCUAAGAAGCGACCAAAAACUAAGUACACUGAGCCUGCCAGCACACCAUUUAGAAGUGUAUUAAGCUCACCUGAUAAAAUAGAUUGGCCUAUGCCUCAAUGCCGGUACAAUGAUAAUAUUUUCCUUGAAGGCCCCUUAGACUUCAGAACACAUUCUAAUCAAACUGCAUCAGAGGACCCUACAAAUAGUCCAGAUAAAUAUACAUGGAGACAUGACCAGAGCUUUAGCAACCAGCAUAUUACACCUCUGCAAAAUGUACAACCUAUGUAUGGAGAUCCAAACUCAAAUUACUAUCGAAGUCCGUACCAAUCACCAUGGUAUCCAUAUAAUUAA